ACUUAAAUUAAUAAUGGACAUCGACAGACACAUUUCAUAGCUGCUAAGAGGAGGAUGUCUAACAGAAAGAGAUCUCAAACUUGUUUGUGAACGAGCAAAAGAAAUCUUCCUAGAAGAAUCUAAUGUGUAACCUGUCAGAGCACCAGUCAAUGUUUGUGGUGAUAUUCAUGGCCAAUUUUACGAUUUGUAGGCUUUGAUGAAAGAAGGUGGAGACAUUUCCGAUCACAAUUACAUUUUUAUAGGCGACUUUGUUGAUAGAGGAUACAAUAGUGUUGAAACCAUGGAGUAUUUGUUGUGUCUGAAAGUGAAAUAUCCAGGAAACAUUGUGCUAUUAAGAGGUAAUCAUGAAUCGAGACAGUGCACUUAAGUUUAUGGCUUUUAUGAGGAGAUUUUGAGAAAAUAUGGAAAUAGCUGUCCAUGGAGAUUAUUUAUGGAUGUUUUUGAUUGUUUACCAUUAGCUGCUUUAAUAGAGGGUUAAAUAUUAUGUGUUCAUGGAGGAUUGUCUCCAGAUAUGAGAACAGUUGAUCAAAUAAGAACAAUAGACAGAAAAGUUGAAAUACCUCAUGAGGGUCCAUUUUGCGAUUUGAUGUGGUCGGAUCCAGAAGAAGUUGACUAUUGGGCACUUAAUUCAAGAGGAGCUGGAUACUUAUUUGGUGCUAAAGUAACAAAAGAGUUCUGUAGAUUGAAUGAUCUUAGUUUAAUUUGCAGAGCUCAUCAAUUAGUAAUGGAAGGAUAUAAAUAUUGGUUCCCUGAUCAAAACUUGGUUACUGUGUGGUCAGCUCCAAACUAUUGUUAUAGGUGUGGAAAUAUCGCUUCCAUUCUUAGUUUAGAUAGUUCUUUGUAAUCUAAUUGGAAAACAUUCAGAGAAGUUCCUGAAAGUAGUAAAAGCAUUAAUCCAAAGAAUGUUCUUCCUUAUUUCUUAUGAAGUAUUAUUGUAUUAAUAUAAAUGUAUAAAUAUUGUUGAGUUGAUAAUUAUCCAUUU